CACUGGGCUUUAUAUAGAAAUUCUGAAAAAAGAAAAGAAAAGCAACCAACAAAGUCUAAGACUUAAUGAGAACUCAAUGGUCUUCUCUUGCUUUAUGGAGGGGUGUCUGCAAGAUCCACCAGACAUGAUCCAAACUUUCUUAUGUUAACUUUGCUCAGUGCUCACAUGAUAUUAAAUUUAGGCCAUAAAUUUACCUGCUGCAAUCAUUAUCAGGCCAAAAAUUAAUAAUUUUUAUUUUACUGUUAGUUUCAUGGAUUGAAUAAAGUUGUCAAAAACAGCAUACCCAUCAAAUCACCGUGAAUACAACGUGAAUACGAAAAUCAUGGUGAACUAAUUGUAUUUUCAUGGGUAUGCUUUGAUUUCAUGAUGUUUUACAGUUAAAGCUGUUAUCAAUGAAAAGUCUAUGAAACAUUAUAUAAUGAAUUUCAUUGGUUGCUACUACAAUUAAUUGCUUUUUCAUUUGUGAUUCAAAGGAUAUGAGGCCAGUAAUAGUACGUAUAUAUAAUUAUCUAGUGAUCAUUUCCAUUCUUAUAGAGUUCGAGUGCUGAGUCAUGAAUCAAGUGUGCACCUAGCGCCUAGAGGCUAAGGCUAGUUAGUUAGCUAGCUAGCUAUAAGUGCACAAAAGUAGAUCUCACAGGAUGAUUUACUGGUUAUCAAGACUGGCUGUACUGUAUGUCUUUCUACUUUGUACAGGAGCGUACUGUCAAGCAUCCUCUCAAACCUUUGCUGGUUAUCUUUUUAGUGCUUUCCAAAGUGCUGACAAUUUAACAAUCUCAGCAGCUGCUGUGAGCCCCUCAGGCAAUACCACCACCUACACUGAUGUCGUGUUCCCAAGUGUACAGCUACCAUCUCAGACAUGUGGGGAUCGAAAUGAGCGUUGUGAUGUCACUGUUUUUACUAUUGAUGGAAGUACUAGAGUUGCCGUUUUAGUGGCUGUUGGAAAUGGAACUGUUGUUGCUUUAUUUGACAGACUGAACAGUGGACUGAUAUUUAUCGACCAGCAUUUUUUCUUCUUGCCUGGCAUAACUUGUUCACUUACAACGUUCGUUCAAGACGACAUAUUUUUGUAUGGUUUAUGCUAUGAAUUCACGAGCAAUGAUGGUGUAGUAUUGUUGGAUGUGUAUAGGACGGUGUUGAACUUUGAUCAACUGGAACUCUCAAGCUUUGAUCUCUAUAUUGCUCCAAGAAGUAAUAAUUUUUACAUUUCUCGAGGUUUUCUCUCUUCUUGUACUGGGUUCACCAAUGUCUACUGGUUUGGAAAUGCAUUUUUAUAUGAUCUCAGAGUUGACAUCAGUGACUCUUCAAUCAACAGCCAAGAUAUUAGUUUGAGUGAUCCUGCCAUUGAACAAUGCUUUGAUAAUGGAACCCACCAAGUAGUGAUAUUUGACGACAGCUCUCUAUUGGCCUACUGCAAUAAUAACAUAACUGUUGAAGUAGAUUUCUGUCAAAGAAGUGAACCUGUAGUGACAAGAACUAGAUUCUACUGUUCUGGAAGCAGGGACACAUAUCUUGAAGUUAGUGAUCAUUUGAUCAUAAAUUCAUCAAUGGAUUAUGCGAUUCCCUUCCCUUUGGAUUCGUCUGUACCUUAUGUGGGUGACUGUGUGGAAAUAAGAGGACUACUUUUCUUUGUUGGAUCGUCUACUAAUGGCUUCACUGUGCUUACCAAUGUACUGGGAAACCUUACCACUAUUCUAGCCACAGACGCUCAAGUCAACCAUCAAGUGAUUGAUAAUCGAUUCAUACUGUACAGUAACUCCACCUCCUCCGCUCUAUUAGACCUGUCUUGCCGUGAUCCAUCCACCCCAAUUCAUGUCAGCAAUGUUUCGUUUGAGUUAUCGGCUUUCUUUCCAAAUUCUGAGUUCUCGUGCUUCACUGUUCAACCAACUCAACCACCCACCAUUGCUGUUAUCGUUCCCAUGGUAACUACUGCUGCUGAUAGUACCACUGUAGAACCACCAACCAAUGCUACAACUAUGAUCCCAGAAUCAACAACCAAUGCUACCAGUACCCCAGAACCAACAACCACCCCAUUCACGUCUGGACCUGAAUAUACUAAUACCGACAGCCAACCGACAAUGACCACCCGCAAUGAUACUAACACUUCAACGAAUAGUUUGCCGCCGACUGGUAUCUCCACUGGUCUCACCACUGGAGCGGUGGUUUGGAUUGCCGUUGGAAGUUUUGUUUCACUGAUAUUAUUGCUUUUGCUUGUAUGUGUCGGUGUUUGCUUGGGAUUGAUUUUGAAACGCAAAAGGCGCUACUCUUUAUCAUGGUCUACUCAUCAAGAAUCUCAAGAAGAUGCGAGCUGUGGAAACACGGAAGCUGUUCAAAUGCUUCCAAUGGACGUUUUACGUAAUACGCCCGACAUGAUAGAAGAGUCUGAAGUUGACGAUACACAUUCAGAACACACCCCCUUACAUCACAAAGAAGAGCUACCUACCCUACCACCUUCUCCACACAGCCAAUCUGUAAUCUCUUCAGAUCAUCAAGGAUCAAUAGCACAAUCUCAACUGCCGAAAGUGUUAACUAACCCACCACCCUCACCUGAUAGCCCACCCCCUCCGAAUGUACCACCACCUGUCUUUGCAUCUCGUAGUCCGCCACAUACAAGCGUCGAUGUUCCAAUUUCAGCCUCACCUCCUGAUAGCGAUACGACCACACAAUCAGACUUGGCAAGUCAAGAAUCUCAAGAAGAUGCAAGCUGUAGAGGCACGGAAGCUGUUCAACCAACAGACAAGUCAACACCAUCUGAAGUGCCAGCAAUCCCCUCAGAGAAACCUCAGACUCAGUACACAAAUGUCAAUCUAACAUCUCCAUCCCCUCCAACAGAGCCAGCUGAACAUUUAAUGGACGCUGUUGCUGUACAAGACAGAGAAGGGAAUAAAGCUACUAUUUUGACGUCAGACACACCGCUACCAACUAAAAACUGGAGUAAAGAAGUUCGUAAUGUUGAAACUGAAAUAAGUGUUCAAGAAAUACCUUGUAAUGCUGAUCCUCAUCAUCAUGCUUCUCGGUCCUCACCCACUAUUUCUGAAGAGAGUGAUGGAGCGGACACCUUUGUUCCUGUUCAAGCAUCCGAAGAAACUCCAAACAAUGGACCAGAAAUGAAUUGCUCAACUGUGACAGGCCAUGCAAACCUAAUUCCAUCCAAUAACAUUCACUCUGACGAACACGCAGCCACCUUACAAACAAGAGACAGGAAAGUGGAUGAAUACAAAGCUGAGAAGAUGAAGAGUGCCACAUCUAACCAACACACACCACCACCACCUCAGACCGAAGAAAGGCCUGAACGUACCACUACUGAGGAACUUAACACCACUGAGGAACGUGCCUCUGUUGAUAAUUCUGCAGAGCCAUCUAUUUAUUCUCCUGACCCACCAAGUAGCGAACUAAACAGUGACAACGCUAUACAGCGUCUCUCUGGUGAAGUGGAAUGCCGACCAGAAAUGCCCAAACUCGAUUGUGUCGUGGAAAUCGAUCAGCCUAAAGAAGAUGAACACGAUGAUAACAAUUAUAGUAGAUCCAGUGAUGAAGAUUUAUAGGGACUCGUAGCGACACGUAGCUUUUUAAUUUUCCAAUUUUUUUAUUCAGGUAAAAACCAUUUAGUCAAACUUUUUUAUUCAACCACAAGUCAUUCUCCUUGUGCGGCACCCCCCCUCCUUCACCAGUGAAGUGUACACCAAACAUUUUAUUGGUAUACUUAAGUUAGAGAUCCCAUUACUGAUCUUUUACCAUUGACUUAGUCUGUCCUUGUUUUUUCAAUGUGCAUAGCAAUUUUGUAAGUGUGUGCAAAUUCAUUUUUUUUUAUCAGCAAUAUUAAUGACCAA